ACUUUUGAAAACCUCUCAGCAUCCCAGCUGAAAGGCCUGAGGGGGAAUGUCAAAACAAGAGGACGACGUCUCCUCUUAUCACCAUUCUUUGUUUUUGUCCACAUUUUCAACCGAACCGACGUCCUGAUUUAAUCGAAAUGGAAGUUUUGUGAUCCAAUAUUGCUUUCGCAGCGAUCCGAGCCGCUUCAACAACGCCGAAUUUCGGCUUGGCCUUGGUAGCGUACAUUACAUAAGUCAUGGCCGCCAACUCGUCAAGUGCAGGGCCGAUCGACGACGUUGUUUUGCUGAACGCGUUUUUCGUCAAAGGCAAACGAUGUCGCGUGUACCUGCACAGAGGUGUCCUCGUCUGGGAAACGGAGCGUCGUCCAUACAAGAGAACCUGUGUAUUGUUAUCCGAUGUCCUUGCCGUCCAUCCUGUGCAUCAAAACGUGACUGACUCAGCAAGGCCUUGUUGUGGCGAAAAUGAAUGCAAAGAGCCACUCAGUCCAGCGAUGCACCUUGCUUUUACGAUCCAUUACACGGAAGUGUGCUCCAAGAAUCGCCUGAGGCAUCGGCUUGUCACCUUGAAACAUUCCGACCCCAGACAAGUGUCCGCCUGGAUCAAAACACUCGAUGGAUACCUCAAAAGUUUGUCGAAUCGCCCAAAGAAGUUGCUGGUUUUCGUCAACCCGUACGGGGGCAAAAAGCGAGGAUUGCAAAUUUUCAAGAAGCAGAUGGAGCCUCUGCUGCAAAUCGCUGGGGUGGCGUGCACCAUGGUACUGACCGAGGCGCCCAACCACGCCUUCAACAUGCUCGUCUCUGUGCCCAACUUGGUGCAGACUUACGAUGGCAUCGCCUGCGUUGGAGGUGACGGCACCUUUUCGGAGGUGAUGAAUGGGCUUGUCACUCGAACGUGCAUGGACCUGGGCGUUGACUUCAAGAACAACCCUGACGUCGAGCCACCGCACCCCAAAGUAGCCAUAGGGGUUGUUCCUGGCGGCAGCACUGACACUGUGGCAUACUGCAUGCACGGCACAAACGACGUCCAGACAGCCGUCCUGCACAUCAUCCUUGGUGGUCAAAGAGGAAUGGACUUAUGCAGUCUGCGCAAUAACGAAAAACUCCUUCGAUACACAGCCAGUGUAAUUUCAUAUGGCUACCUGGGUGAUGUCAUGAAGGACAGUGAAAAUCACCGAUGGAUGGGGCCAAAGAGAUAUGACUAUUCAGGGUUUAAGAAGUUUUUUGCAAAUCGAGGAUAUGAGGGUGAGCUAAAGAUUAGACAGAAAACAUUUCACGGCCACCACAGCGACGUCACCAAGGGUCCCAAGUGCCAAAUCCACUGCCAUGAAUGCUCACUAAACAAUGACAAUAAUCACGGCUCUAAUGGAGCGAAAGAUGAGUGGAAAACAGUCAGUGGAAAAUUCUUCAUGGUGAACUGUGCCAAUUUAAGCUGCUCGUGUCCCCGCAGUCCGAACGGAAUUGCUCCCUUUUGCCAUGUUGGCAAUGGUUGUGCAGACAUAGUGCUCGUCAAACACACCAACCUCUUUAAUAAUCUAAGACUCCUUCUAAGACUUACCAGCUCAACUAAAACCUUGUACGAUUUGCCCUUUGUCGAGGCGCUCAGGGCGCAGGAAUUCUGCUUCACUGCAGCCAGAGGAAAGAAAACUAGCAACUGGAACUGUGAUGGCGAAUUGGUGUUUUGCGCUGAUAUGAAAGUCAAGGUGCAUCGUCAAUUGGUGAAGAUUUUCACCAACAGCGUUGAGAGCUCAAGACGGUCAACAUUCGGAACUGCUCCGUCCAGCAAUUGCUGGUGCUGAGUCUGUCAAUUGCAUUUUGCUUGUGAGAAGUAUUUCGUGACAUUUCGACGGUAGCAUUUUAUCUCUUAAAGAACAAACAAUUUUCUUAGUAUUGUUGGCCAUUAGUUUGCUUUUUUAUUAUUAGUAUUAAUUGUUUCAAAGAGCUUUAAUUUACGCCUUUACCUGAUAUUUUCUUAAGAAAUUCCUAUAUUUUUGCCAUUGUAUCAAAUUAAUGCCUUUUACAACUGAGUUAUAUUGUGAUAGAGUUUGUGCUUUUAAUUUCCUUACUAGCCAUUAAAAUUUACACUAUUUAUUUUCUUAUAGAAAUAACAAUAGAUAGAAAUAAUUAAAAUUGUAUUUGAAAAAACUAACCCUUCAAAGGGAGACUGUGAUCUUUGGUAGACAGUUUAAAACAUAGCAUUUCAACUUGUAUUUUACUAUAUGUGUUAAAAAAUAAUUUUGGAAAAAAACAUUCCAUUUAUAUGUUUAAAAAAUGUUCAAA